AUGAUGUGUUACGAACAGCUGUCAUAUAGAAAAAAAAACCAAAUUAACAACGAUCUAUCAUUGACAAUGGAACAGCAUCAAUUAUUGUGGUGUAAUUAUUCUUCAUCAAAAAAUGCUGAUUUUAUCGAUCCGGCACCACCAAUACCACCUGGUUAUUUACAAAUAACAGCUUUAUUUAUUUAUACUCUUUUAAGUAUUCUUACUAUUACUAGUAAUAUAUUUGUCUGUCUUGUUGUAUUUUGUUAUCAACGAAUGGUGACAGUAACAAAUUUAUUUAUUGUUAAUUUAGCUAUUUCGGAUCUUUUAGUCGGAAUAUUUUGUAUACCUAUUGUACUUAUUUCGGAUUAUCUUCUUUCAAAUUGGCCAUUUGGAGCAUUUAUGUGUAAAUUUUUUAGUUUUGCUCAAUCUGUAUGUGUUACUUGUACUAUAUAUACGCUCAUCGCUAUGUCCAUUGAUCGUUAUUUAGCUGUUGUACAUCCUAUGAAUCCAUUAAAAAUUACCCAAGGACAAUGUAAAAAAAUGUUAGCAUUUAUAUGGUUAUUUGCCAUAUCAUUUUCAAUACCCGUUUAUAUUGAAAUGAAUACGAGAGUUGUUUGUUUUAAACGAGAAGAUGGUACUCAUUUUCAAAUGACAUGUGAAGCAAGUGAUCUAUCAAAAUCAAUACAAACAGCCUAUAAUAUAGCAUCAAUUGUUAUGAUCUAUUUUAUUCCAUUAGUUGUAUUAUCAAUUGUUUAUAUUCAUUUGGGACAGACAUUGAACAAAAGUCGAGCACCUGGUGAAGCACAUUCAGAACGAGAUGCUAAAAUGGAAAAAUCAAAAAGAAAAGUAAUAAAAAUGUGUUGUAUUGUUGUUAUAAUGUUUGGUAUUUGUUGGUUACCAAUGCAGAUAUAUAUUAAUAUUUUACGACAAUUUUUAGAAGUAAUCGGUUAUAAAUAUAUUCCACAUCUUUAUUUUGCAUUUCAUAUUAUGGCAAUGUCUAAUUCUUGUAUUAAUCCAUUUAUUUAUGGUGUAAUGAGUUCAAAAUUUAGAAAUGGAUAUUUAUAUUUUUUAAAAUGUCAACAACGUUCAAUGAGAAAAAAUACACUUAGUUCAGCAAGAACUAGUAAGGAUCUAAGAUCAUUUAGAUUAAUAUCAAAUAGAACGUCAGCAUUUGGUUAA